AUGACAGAGUCUCUACCUUCGACAAUGAAGGCCUGGCUCUAUAGCAACGCCUCUGGCGGGCUCGAAAAGCACCUCACCUUCAACCCUGAGGCACGCACCCCAGGAACCCUGCGCCAGAACCACGUCCUGAUCCAGGUGAUCUCAGCCUCCAUCAACCCCGCAGACUACAAAGUGCCCGAACUGGGUCUUGCAUCCAAAGUCGUCAUCACCACGCCCGCCACUCCAGGCAUGGACUUCUGCGGCCGCGUCGUCAUCAUCGGCCCCGAUGUCUCCGACUUCCACCCCGACCAACUAGUCUACGGCUCGAUCGGGAUCCCGUCCCAGUUCGGGUCUCUGGGCGAGUAUCUCGUGUGUGCGGCGAGCACCAUCGCAGCCCUGCCCGAGGGUGUGGAUCCGGACCAUGCAGCGACGGUGGGUGUUGCGGGCCAGACAGCGUACCAGUCGCUUGCGCCGUAUGUGUCGGCGGGGGAGAAGGUGCUGAUUAACGGCGGAUCGGGCGGGGUUGGGAUCUUUGCAAUCCAGAUUGCGAAGUUGCUGGGAUGCCAUGUUACGACGACGUGCUCGACGCGCAACGUGCAGUUCUGCAAGGACCUGGGCGCGGACGAAGUCAUCGAUUACACUCAAACGGAUGUCUUGAGUACCCUCAAGAGCCAGGGCCAUGUGUACAGCCAUGUCGUGGAUCACAUUGGACUGCCCGAGGGGCUUUAUAGGGAGUGCGAUGCGUUCUUGCUGCCGGGGAAGGUGUUCGUUCAGGUGGGCGCGGCGUCGAUGCUCACGUUUGCUCGGCGGCUGGUUAGGCCGAGUUUCUUGGGCGGCGGGAAGAGGAAGUAUGUGAUUCUCCUGUUCAAGAAUAACAAGGCCGAUAUUGUCCGUAUUGGCGAGUGGAUCCAGCAAGGCAAGGUGCGCGUGGUAGUCGACAGCACGUACGAGCUACAGGAUGCCGUCAAGGCAUUUGAGAAGCUUCGCUCGGGAAGAGCGAGAGGAAAGAUCAUCAUCCAUGUUGGACAAAAGCCUUGA